AUGCCCCCAGACCCCCCUAGACCGUUCAGCCUGCCUCGGUGUUUUUUGAAGUCUGGCUACGGCACUGAUUCUAGACCCUUUGUUUGCAGCUUUGCUAGAGCCGUAUGUCCGACCGGAUUCGGCCCAGACAUCCAUCGAAGUGGCUUUUGUUAUCAAUACCACAAAUCCACUGUCUACACUUGGGAUGGGGCUAGAAGUUUCUGUUCUCUGCGUCCUGGGGCUAGUCUUGCUAAAAUCACCGACUACAAUGUCAUUGAAGACAUAACCAACUCUGGUGAAAAUCAUGCCUAUAGCUUUUGGAUCGGUGCGACGGAUCGUUCUAAACAGGGCCAUUUUUACUGGUUAGAUGGGACGUCUUGUUGCGACAAUAGAUUUUGGGUACAUGGGGAGCCAAGUAAUGAUCGCCAUGAAGACUGUGUCAAUAUUUGGAAACAUGGAAGCCGAAAAGGCCUUAACGAUAAAACUUGUAGUGACAAAAUUGGCGCAAUAUGCAUGAUGAAAGAAUGUGAGACAUAUUCCCACUGCGUGCAGCACAGCUGUUCCAGAAGUGAAAACACUAUUUGUGACAAAUGCGAGGGAGACAAUGUUUACUUCAAACGGACACAUUCGAAUACGAUAUGCGAGCUAAACAGCAACAACAAAGCUUCUAUUGAAACAUGUGCGAUGACAUUGUACAACAGUAAUGGAAAAGGUAGAAGUUUUGAGUCAAACACUACAUCUACGGCGUGUGAUUUUCUACAAGACUUCUAUGGCAACUUCCAUCCCUCUAGACUUAAAUACGAUUUCGUCUCAUCAUUCCGUAUAGAUGCGUCUGGAUGGGGUACAAAGCCGGGAUACAUAAAAGAAAGUCACUUUGGUGUAACCGAUGCAAAGCUUGUCGUUGUUAAGCGAAGCGUAAAAGGCUCUGAUGUACAGAUAAUGGAGCACCACGUUUUGAAUGAUACAAACCAAAGUCUUGCGGCCAGGGAAUUAUUUACAACGAAGGCUAAUUUAAGUAUAGCAGGUGGCAGUUAUGCCUUACGUGAUGGUGAGAGGCUGUGUGUGCAGUUUAAAUUACAUUCUGGCGGCUAUGUCGUUAGUAAGAAUGAAUACUCCAUUGAUGACCCACCACGCCCAUACGAGAAAACUCGAGCGACCCGAGAGCUGUGUUAUCGUUUCGAUUCGUCGUCGCCAGUUCAUUGUCAAGAAACUCAUGAGUGUUCCUUUGAACCUCUAGAAAUAAGAGAUCGUAUUACGAGAAAUCCGGUUAUACCUGUUAAGUUCAGAGGGUGGCAAGAUCCGAUUCCUGAAAACGGAAACCAAGAACAUGCUUCUGGAAUAGAAUCAUAUACAAUAACGGUUAAUGAGGUAGUUCCGCCGAAUGGUACACUUGGGUCAAGCAUUGAUUUUACGAAAGUCAAUGCAUCGGUUUCAAAUGUUUAUCUGAAUCUAACAUCUGACACCCCUAAACUAUACUGUAUAUCAAUCGAAACGAAAGACGUCGCCGAUAACAUCCAACAAGCUAGAAGAUUUGUAUUGUAUGAUAAAACGUCUUCCGUUGAGUCAUUGGAAGAAGAUCUUUUCUUUAUAACAUCAGCUUCAAAACAAACUAAUCAUGAUUGGCAAACACACCACAAUGACAUUUGUAUUGAAUGGGAAGGGUAUUUUUACAACAAAUUUUAUAUGGAUAACAAGCUGCUAAACCCUGUUACGCCCGCACCAUUCAAUCUGAUACCAACAGACAGUGUGUACGAGCAGAAUAAAGGACUUUUGCCAGUUUCAGGAACGACAAAUGUUGAUGGAAUCAUCCAGUUUAACUUAAAUUGGUUACGAUUUGAUCGCUUUGGUUUGAAAGGUUCGGAUGAACAAGCGGUUCAAAAUUUUACGAGGCAGCGCACUUGCAAAAGUCUUAAUAUGUCCGACGGUGACACGUUUGUGUUCCAUGUUAAUGCAAUAGAUAUUGUAAACAACUCACUUGUGAAAAACAGAACUGUGUUCAUAGAUCGAACAAUUCCUAAUGUAAACAAUAUCUACUUGGUAAAGAAUGGCGAACAUAUGCUGUUUGUACAUGAUAGCACAGAACUUUCAACAAUGUUGCUGUAUUUUGAAGCGUUUGAUAUCCAUAGUGGGGUGCAAAACGUUUUGUGGAAGCUGGAAACAAGCGAUAGUUCUCUUACACUCGGAGACGGGGCACUCGGUGCUGUCACAUUAGAUUCUGACUGCGGAAACGAAAGUGCAACUUGUUAUUGUCCCUCCAUAGGAAAAUGUGAACAUUUUAACUAUACUGUAUCAUUAAACAAACUUCAAGCUUUAGGAACCAACAACGGAAAUCACAACAGAAAUUAUGUUUUUACACUUCACGUAACAAACCACGCAUUGCUUACAAGUGUUGAGUAUUUAGACAUUUUGGUCGAUGACUCGCCACCAGAAAAGGGUGUUGUGUUCGAAGGUGCAUCUGGUGCCAACGAGGUAGAUUAUACCAGUGAUACGGAGUUUCUUGUUAACUGGCAUGGCUUUAUCGACCACGAAAGCGGCAUCAAGAAAUAUAUCGUUGCUAUAGCAGAGAGAUGCUUGAAUGCUGAAGAGUUGAUGCUUGACAAAGAUAUCUCAACAAACAUAAGUUUUGUUCAAAAAAAGGAAGUACUUUACACCGAAACAACGACAAAAUUUUAUGUAAAUGAAACAGGAACUUUCUACACAAGUGUCAUUGCAUUUAACAAUGCUUUGAAUCCUUCACAAGUGUCAUGUUCUGACGGUAUAACACGUGACACGUCCAAACCUGUUAUAUUCAAUGUGACCAUUCAAAACGCGAGAGCGUCUGAGUCCAUAUAUUGCUUAAAUGAUAGACCAUACCUUAUUCGUUCGGACUUGACGGUUAUUAAUUUAAAUUCAAGUUCUAAAAGUUGUAAAAACAUAUGCAAGAGCGUAACCACAGAUGUUGACGAUUUUCUCAUUGCAUUGCCUAAUAAAAAGCUAGAAGAAGACGCAACUAUUUCAGAUUUUUUAUGCCGUAAUCUUCAAAAGCACAGUACGACCGAUUUCAUAUUCGUACCCCACGAUAACUUUGCUUUGUCAUUUGAAUGCAAAGAAGACAUUUCUCAAAUUGAUGACUUUUACGUAGGCAUGUCUACAUCAAGAGGCAAGCAAGCUAUGCCAGACCUUGUUGAUUUUCGUUCAACCAACCGACGAAAGAAGUUUAUAUACAGGCACACAGCUAUUGGUUCCGACGAACCGUUUUUUAUCGUAAUAAAGGCUGUAAAUAAGGCUUCAGUAGCGGCAUAUGUUACAUUUGGACCGAUGAUUAUUGAUGAGACGCCACCAUAUGCAACUGAUAAGCCAUCUGUUACCGUCAAAGGAGAUUUCAUUUUCGUUGAAUGGGCAAAUUCUACUUUCGUUGAUGAUGAGCAAAAAUCUCCUGUGGAUCAAAUAUUUAUCCAAUUCGGGCAUAGCAAUAAAAAGGACACACCUCUGCUUGAAUGGAAUAUGUUUCAUUCUAUACCUUGUUUUGGCAACGCAUUUUGUUUCAAGUACCCAUUGCGUCGUCUGCAACACAUCGAUGCUCAUUUCAACUAUGGUUUUACCGCAACCAUGAUUAUUUAUAACAAGGCUGGACACUUUACCGAACAUGAAACAGACACUUUUCACAUUCCAUCGAAAUAUCCUCCUGGGGCUGGAACGGUCAAAGACAUCGAUCCAUCUUUUCUAUAUGUAGCCAAUCAAGAGGUUGACAUUCAUUUUACACCACAUACCGUUUGUGCUGUUUGGUAUGGAUUUCAACACCACGUCAACCUAACGUUCGAAAUCGGUGUUGGAAUAAACGCAUCAGUACCUGAUAAGGUGCCAUUUAGGAAGUCAGAUACAAAUGUUUCCUCUUGUAUCUCGUCACCAGAUCUUAAGUUGGAUACCUUCUAUUUCUUCAUUGUUAAAGCAACAUGUCAAGCUGGAAGCACAAUUUCUAGUUCAAAUGGCGUCCGUAUAAUCCCAGAGAAACCGGCUAUUCUUGAAGACGUUACUAUUUUAACCCAGCCUAGAUCAUCUCCACGUUUUAGCAUUUCAGAAACUAGUUAUUCAGUCUCCGUUUGUAUUAUUUCGGCUAUAAAUGUAGGUGCAAGAUAUGACCUUCAUUUUACCGCUGCUGAAAACGUAUCGGCAUCCUUGAAUGUCAAUAUUUCGGAUGGUUUUAUCACUCGCAAAACGAAAUCUGAAAAUAAGAUUUCUCUCAGUUUUAUUUCCUUCCUGCAAAAACCUUGUUUUCAGUUUCUCAACGUUACUAUAAGUAAGAUACAACUGGAAGAAAUUGGUCAAAACUUCACCAAGGUAAAUGAUUCAAUAUAUCUUGCCAUUGACGAUAGAGACGACAUACCCUACAGUGUUUAUUAUGAAGUAGCUGUUAUGCAAAUGUGUGAAAAUGGAACUCUGUCUUGCAAUGAAAUUAUACGACCAUUUCAACGCACGAACCUUAAAAACGUUACAAAAAUUGAAAAUGUGCCACUUGUUUCUGGUGACAAGUACAGAGUGUGCUUGCGUAUUUGUUCGACAAUGCAGUGUUCAAAAAGUAUACUGACGGACUAUUUCGAAAUCGAUGUACAUCCUCCAUUCGGUGUAAUACAUCGUGCAAGCAUUGAACAGUCUGGCAAGCAAGGUAGUUACUUCUUGUCUGCUGAAUGGGAGUCAUUUGUAUCUGCAAGUGGAGUAUCUGUUUACAAAUGGGCCAUAUUUGAAGACAGCAGCAGUGCACAGCUUACAAAAUGGGUUAGCUUCAUUCCGCCAAACACAUCUAGAAUAGAGGUCAAAGAGGUUGUUGAUAUCCCAGUGCAUAUUCACACGACGGUGCGAUUUUGUAUUCAAGCGUUUUCGUAUGUCGGACUACACUCAACAACAUGUAAACGCCUGUCAUCCUCUGGGUUUGGCGGGAUGCAUAAUUCAGUAGUUUAUGAGUUUGAUAGGAACAAUCAAAACUGGUCACUCAUACAACAGUUGAUGCACAGUUCCGACUUGGGAGACAUGUAUUCGUUCAUUCACGACAACGAAGUUAAUUUUGGAAAAGCGAACACGGAUAUUGUUGGUGUUGUUAUCAACUCUGAACAUCGAAAUUUUACAUGGUAUUUGAUGACUGUCAGGCAUGUGCCAAAAGAAUGCCGUUUUAGUCGAAACUGUGUUUAUGGAACAAUCAACAAUGACAAUGUAUUUUACAUUGAUAAAGAGUUUUUGCAGCCAAGUACAUUGUAUUACACGUGCGUCCGUUCACCAAGAACAGAAGUAAAACGGGAGUUUUCGACAGAGAUAUUGAAAGAGCUUGAGGCCUGCAGUAACGGAUUUAUAAUUGAUGAUGCACCACCCUCACACGGCAUCGUUACUGUUGAAACAAUAAACGGAUACGUUAACAAUAAUGAUCUACACGUUUCUUGGACUGGGUUUACCGACGAAGUUAAAACGUUUCAACUAGGCUAUCCCAGUGAUAUAAAGGAAUAUACUGUUGACAUUGUGAGCCAGUCACAAAAUAAUGGGUCAAUUAUCACCGCAUUUGUUGGACUUAACGAACACGUGGAGUUUCCACUUCAUGCUGCUUCCAUAAAAGACGGAAAUUCAUUUUUUGUCACAGUCACAGCUCAUGACUACGCAGGUUUUCAAACCAAAUCUGUGUCUGAUGAGGUUGUAAUUGAUCGUUCACCGCCGGCGAUUGGAAAACUGAUAUUGAACAAUCAACUGUUGAACAACAACACACUCAUCGCAACAUUCGACAUUCAUGUUGAGUUAGUCGACUUUACCGAUUACGUGGCAUAG